CGCUAAGAGGAGGCGGAAACACAUUUGGGCUGUAUAUAAGCAGUUAAGCGGGGUUUUUGUAUCAGUGUUACCCUCCAAUUAUUUGCUACCUGGCCGGGCGAAAGCAAGAGCGCACACUGAGCGCACAGGGACCGGAGACCCGUGCUGGUUUGAGGUGUGGACUUGACCGUCAGUGACCGAGAGGGGAAAUUCCCUGCCCCUGCAGUUACCUGGCCGGGACAGAAACCCAUGCUGCCGGCGCCGCUUGACAUAGCGCUGUCCGUCCGCGGUGGUGCUGAACCACGGGACACGACCCUUCAACCUGUGACGCAGAGCUGAAGCUGAUCCAAGAGAGAAGACUCCAACUUCUAAAGAUAACAAGAACAAAGCUGCACAAACAUAUAUGGAUUUGAGGCAAGUCAAAAACAAAGAAGAAACCGAAAGCGCGGAGCAGAAGUGAUGGCUGGACUUCCCCCCGCCCCCGGCGUCACUCCGAAGGUCUGAGCACAGCAGCGCGCUGCCGCUUCGUACCGUAACCCAGCGGAGCCUCCGUAGCUGCGGAGAGUGACAGAGGCUUUCGAUCAGUGAGUGGCGGUUGACGGUUCGUUGCGCGUGGACUGGAGCGCCGCAAGCUCCUUGUCAGACCUCGCGCUUUUGGGGAGCACGCGGACCUGCUUGGCGCGCAGACUGAUUCUGACAGCACCUUUGGGCGCACUGGACUUCAGCGAGGUGAAUGUUGACGACACCAUUGAAAUGUUACCAAAAUCAAGAAGAGCUCUCACCAUUCAAGAGAUUGCUGCAUUAGCGCGAUCCUCCCUGCAUGGUAUUUCACAGGUAGUGAAGGAUCAUGUGACGAAGCCUACAGCCAUGGCUCAGGGCAGAGUGGCACAUCUGAUAGAGUGGAAGGGCUGGUGUAAGCCUAUAGACACUCCAGCAGCCCUGGAAUCAGACUUCAACUCUUACUCCGACCUCACUGAGGGAGAACAGGAGGCACGCUUCGCUGCUGGUGUGGCAGAGCAGUUCGCCAUAGCGGAGGCUAAGCUGAGGGCCUGGUCCUCUGUGGACGGCGACGAGUCCAACGAUGACUCAUAUGACGAGGACUUUCUGCCUGCCAACGAGCCCACCACACAGAGCACAGGCUCACAGUCUGUAUCAUUCCUUCUAGAUGUGCCAUCAUAUCCUCCCUACUUGAAGGAUCUGAUCCACAGCCAGGUUUGCCAACACCUGGGCCUGCGAGGGCCCUUUUGCGAAGGUGGAGGAGGAGGAGGAGAAGGUGGCAGCGGAGAGCCCUCCCCCACGGCAGGCUCCCCGGACACCCUGUGCUCCAGCCUCUACAGCCUGGACGAGCACCACCCGCUACUGCGGGACCUGGGCGGCCACCGUGGCACCCACUCCUACAGCAACGCCGCUGAGCUUGCCGCCAAAAUCUUGUCUGCGCUGCAGGGAGGGGAGGAGCUGCUGCUGGCCCGACUUCAGAGGGCGGGGCAGAGCGGGCUUGUUGGGGGGGACAGCGGCUUCCACAGCCUGGGCGGGGGAGGGCGGGGCAUCAGGCCCUGCGGGGGUCAGGACUCUCCUUGCUACUCCAUGUCUUACUCUGAGACAUACCUGUCACCUGGUGAGGACGACGACACCCCCUGCAAGGACUAUGAGAGCACCAUGUGCCAGGUACAGGCGGAGGGAAACGGAGUGGAGUUCCCGCCCGACUAUGUCCCGCGCAGGAGGGUCUCUGACGUGGCCUCCUCCGGUGUUGUGUCUCUCGAUGAGGAGGAUGAAGAGGAGGAGGAGAGGGCAGGAGAUCCAAACAACCAAUGACUCCUCUCGUCUCACCUCAGUGUUUAAUCCCUGUAAGUUCUUGGAGGGUUUUCGUUCCCCUCUCCGCCAUGGCGUCUGAAAUGUCUGAACCUCCACGCAUGUUGUUUUUUUUCUCCUCUGACUGAAGCAUAAAUCAUCCGUCUUUGCCUUACUUGCAGCAUUUCAACUCCUCCUUUCCAUCUCCUAACUGCUUUGUCCCCGUUCGAUGCAUUGACUGUAUUUUCUUUCAAGGCGUCCAAACAAUCUUUUUUAUCAGUGUGAAAACAGGAGUGCUGGACUUACUCGCGGGUAUGACGCUCACAGUUUUCAGCUCCGUCCUUACCUGCGAAGUGACUCUCAAAACGGACGCCACCAACAGGCAGACAGAAUGACUGAGUCCAAAACUCUGACUUACCUUUGCAUGUGUUUUGCAAGUGCUGAAAUUGAUGGGCUGACCCAGUCUUGAGCACGGUUUGUAAUCUCAGCUGUUCUGUAUAACCCCUCCCCCCCCCCAGUGUCUCCCAUGGGAGGGAGGGUUGACACUGCGUCCUGAGACCUGGCCUCACCCCCCCCCCCCCCCCUUUCCUUUCCUUUGCAAGAGACAAAAUAGCAUCCUUUUGGGCAUGGCUUGCUGAGUAUGCCAAACUAUUUAACCCUGUCACUACCAAUUAUGAGCAAAUGCUGGAAUGUCUUCAAAGUGACAGGACAUAGUAUGUAUUUUAAAAUAACAAAGUUUAAAAAAAGAUUUGUCACAAAUUAUAUGACAGAAAUGAUAUGCUUUUAUUGUACUAGUUUUCUAUCACUCAAACAUGUUGUCGUUCACAUUAUUCCCAAUAUCAUUAUGAUGGACAUCUGCCAUAAUGAUCAACUAUACCUAUUGGACAUGUUUGGGACCGGAUUCGUGCAUGGAAGACACGAGAAUUUUGGUUGUCUUGAAAAAAACACAGCAGCAGCGAUGACGACAACUAAUGACAGAAUGUUCCUGAAGUGACCCUUCGGCGAUAGGUGUACGUCAGGAAGCGGCACAGCUGGAAAAGACAGAAAAGUUUUUUUUCUGUGAAGAGAUGAGUUGCAUCGGAGAUUUUCUAUAUUUUUGUAUGCGUUGUCUUGCUUUGAUCUCUUUGCCUAUGCGGCGUGCCAGUGUAUGUGGUUUUUUGCACGAAGCUAACGUGGCUGUAGAUUUCUCCUUUUCUUCGUUAUCACUGUGUGAUAUAGUUUAAUGGGAAAAAAAAUAACAAUACAAAUGUGAACAAAAACGUUUUUUUUUUAUUUCAAUAGAGGAUACUGUGACGCGGUUUGUUAUUGCCAUAUGUCAUGAUCCUCAUGAAGAGCUCUUGUUUUUUCUUUUUUCAAAAAAAUUCUAAAUGCUCUACUUUCUGUCCUCUCAUACCGACUCCUGAAAAGCUUUGCCUUUUAUUCUGUAAUUUUCCUUUUUUCUAUGAUGUUUGCAAAAUGGCAUGUUUAUGUCAUUGUGAUGUGAGGAGCCCUGUUGAGGUUCUCCCAGAGGGACUGUCAUUCAUACAACUCAGGAAAUCCCAUUGGACCAGAGCAUCAGUGCGUCCCACCCGCACGCAUAACACCACUCCCCUCUCAUCCGCCGUGUGUGUGUGUGUGUGUGUGUGUGUGUGUGUGUGUGUGUGUGCUUGUGUGGGUGCAUUUUUGUGUGUUUGUGAGAGAGAGAAAGCCUGGCUCGUUAUUUUCUAUAAAUAAUUAAAGCACAGAUUCAGUCCCCGCAUCCUUCUUUAAUGUUGUUUGACUGUUUAGAAAAGCCUCAGUGUGCGAAUCUGUGUGUUUGACGUUUUGCGCAAAUGUGUGUGAUUGUAUGUGUGUGGCCAAUUUGUACGAUGUCAGCAAGCUCCUUAAGCUUGCACUGUUUAUCCAUUCCAAACCCCUCCAAUGCAGCGAUUCCCUUUAAAGCAGUAUCUGGUGUAGCUGAGCUCUGGUUGGGGGUUGAACUUUUACCGGUGCUGGAGACUUAAAAAACAUACAUCUUGAAUUUAUUUUGAAAAUACAGAAGGGAUGACAUGUUAAAUCGGCUGACUUCUGAUCUCAAAACGACAUGAAAAUGAGGAGUCCCAGACAGGAGAGUUGGAAAAGACAGCAACAACUCAGGGGGAACCAUUGAAGCUGUGCCUUUCAUUUGACACCUUUGACCUCCCAAGUUGCACCGUCAUCAUCGUCACACCCUACAUGCUGUCACUCAGGCCAUAGCUUGGAUUCCUUCCCCUUCUCUCUUUUGAAAUGAGUGCAGUGUAAAACGCCACUAAAAUCAAUUCAAUAGCGACACCAAAUAUCCUGUUGCAUCUCCUGUGUGUAUUCACCCGCUGUAGCUGGAGGUUACAAGCGGGCCCGUUUGCGUCACUGUCCUUUUGGUUGACAUUAAAAGCUGGGCGAUGCUGGCGAGGCGAGGUUGUGCUUUUGUUCUGGCACGGUGAUGAGAGCGCGCCAUUGUUCACCCCCCACCCACACUGCUAUUUAUCAGCUCACUCUGUCCACCACAGUGCAUUUGCUGUGUCUGUGUCUCUGAGUGUCCUCGUCCUCUCCUCGGGCGAGUGUGUGUGUGUGUGUGUGUGUGUGUGUGUGUGUGAGAGAGAAGACGGGCACCUUGGCGUGAUGCGUUUUUCAUUCACCCAGCUAUCUUAUACUGGACAUGAGUGUGUUUUCAUGUCUCUAUCCUUGUGAGAAACAUUUCGUCCUCGUAAGAAUAGAAACAGAAGAAUUCCUGCUGACAGACAGAAUGUCUCCUCUCUCCAUCUUUCCUCCUCAUUCCUGUCAUUUCCUGCGCAUUCACCCUCCUCUCCUCCCGCCCCUCUUUGUCUCUGUCCUUUCCUCUUUGCCUCCAGUCCCCCUUCUGUCUCUCUUUCUUCCCCUCCCUCCAUUUCUCCUCCCCUCCAUCUAUCCCCACAGGUGGCUCAUUACAUAACCAAGAGGACGUCUGAGUGCUACCUAUGCCCACAGGCAAUUAGCCCAUGAUUAUAAAACCGGCUGACAAACAGGAGAUGCGUAUCUCUCUCCUGUCUGUCUUUUUUCCACCCUUGUGUCUUUUUUCCCCUUCACUCCAUCUGCUCCCUCUCUCUCUACCCCCUCCUCACAGCCACAAGCUUUUUCUAAACGACAUCUUUUGAGGUUUGCCGUCCCAGAAAACUCCAAGCAGGAUUUUGGAAAGCAACGGGUGAUGAAGGGGAGCGCUUCUCGCUUGCCACUCUGUUCUGGUAGUGAUUAAUAUUUCGCAGCUCAACACCCCGCUGUCCUUGAGUCAGACAGAUGUCUUUAGAGGGAAACAUGUUUCUUUUUGUGUGAGUGUGUGUCUCCGGGCAGUCUGUUUUAGUUUGUUGCUUCAGGCAAUUGCUGACAUUGGAUACUUAUCAGAGAGAAGUGCCCCAGAUUGCCUCUGUGAGGGUGUCUGUGUGAUAGUGGUGGGAGAACCCAGCGCUAUAAAAAGACAUCAAAACAUCUGUCGGACAGUGUCAAGGCAGGAGGGCGAAUGAAUAUUCAGUUGGUGGUGGCACCCUGCUUAACACUAUAGCCUACUUACCAUUCUAGAACAAAGCUGAAGGGCCCAGGGACCGCUCUCACCACAACACCGGCCCCCAGCGGUGAAUAUUAGGACAAAACCUGUGAACAUAACUGAGAGUCAGGGUGUGAAAACUGUUGUAGGAACUGAAUAUAGACAGUGUUGUCUUCACAGAGAGAGAUGGUCUGUGUUUAACCCACAUUAGCCUGAUAGCCUCCACCAUCUUAAUUAAAAUGUCCCACAGUCCUCUGGGAUGUCGGGGACACACAGAGACACACGCACAAAAUGAAAAGAUCUUGCGAGAGUUCAGAGAGUAAAGCCAUACAACUCACCCAAAAGAGACACAGACACUAGAACUAACAGGGUAUAAAGAAAAGAGAUUGCCCAAAAUGAAUGUAGGUCCUAAUAUGAGCAUCAGUCAAACACACACACUUAACCAUGUCCUCCCUCUGAAAUCUCAAUCCUGUCUUUCUUUUUUCCUCUUUUUUUUCCUUUUUAAUACUUUUCUUCCUCUUUUGGCUGAAUGUAAUUAUUUGAGUAUUGGCACCUUGGAUUUGAAAAAUGAAUCUUGUUUGCUGCAUCUGAAAUUAUUUCGAGUUAAUUAAAUAUUAUUGUUCUUU